AUGGAGCACAAUCACAUGUUGCCCCGGCCGGCUAAUGGUCCCAUCGCUGCCGGACUCGAUCAUAAGCACGAUCUCUAUCCCACGGAGCGCCGAAAAACACCUUCAUCUGACGUCGCAUCCGUCUUCAAAUCACUCGACCGGCCUUUCAAACUUCCCAUGUAUCCUCCUCCGCCUUCAUAUGCGCCUCUACAUGCCGAUCGCAAGUCGCCAGCCGGAUUCCCGGACACCCCAAAGACGGAGCUUCCUCCUUUGAAACUCAAGAACGGCUACUAUAAUGAGAAGAAGGAUAACACACUGCCGUCGCUAUCCUCAUUGACAGUAUCGUCGCCAAAAGCCUCGUACAUUAAUCCUCCGCCGACAACACAAGCGCCAAUCCGACCGGCAAUACCACCACCACCGACAUAUGCUCCACCGCCGCCUCCGGUCCAGCUACAGCCAACCCACUGGCCGAGCUUAAAUCCGUAUACUGCAUAUUAUACUCCGAGCCAUGUAGAGGGUAAAGCCGAUCCACUGCGAAUGGAAAGUGACUCUCCGGGCAACAGUGCAAUCAGCGCUGCUUCCCCAGAAACCCUCGAUCAUGAUCGAUCGAGCAGUGUCAGCCUCGAUGACCCAGAUGUUAGGCUUGCUGCUGAAGCACUGGGUGAUUUGAGGGCAGACUUUGUAUCUUCGCCUCGUCAUUUGGACAAAUCACUACCUUCAACACCAAGGUCACGAUCCCAAGCUCCCCCGGAGCCGUUGUUGCAAUUAUUAACAACGAAUCAUCCGCUGCUUGGAGGGGUGAUAGAGGGAACACAGACGGCGUAUGUUGCUUCCAAAAACUACUCACCAAGAUUCAAGACCAGUGCAGAGUAUGUCGAAGGUUAUGUCACUCCUGUUGUCAAUACCGUUGGGACGGUCGGAAGAGCAACUGGCGUCGAAGGUGGAGUAAGGUGGUUCUUGGGAGGUGGAAAGCGACACAAAUCCCAAAGCUCAGCAGAUCUUGAGACAGGUUCCAACAAGAGGAGAAAGGGAGACGAUGGCACAGACACCAUGCUGAUCGAUUCGGACGAGAUGACAUCUGGAAUGGAGACUCCCAGACCCACAUAUGACCCCAACGAUCCAAGAAGGCUGUCAAUAGCGAGUACCAUUGAUACUCUGCCGGCUUAUGACGAACACAGAUCACCAGCCUAUGAGGCGGAACCAAGACCCAACAGCUCAUCGGCGUGGCAGUCUCGUUUGAUCAUGUCGACGUCGGGGUUGAGCAUUGCGAUGAGCCAGGAGAGCCUGCGUAGCUUGAAAUACUGCCUGAGCUGGCUUCGAUGGGCAAACGUGCAUAUUGGCAACGUUAUCAACUCGCUCAAAAUGUCACUGGAUAGAUACGACAAGACUGCCGAGUCCUCGUCAGGCUCCAGCAGCGAAGCCGACGACAGACAAAAGCUGGUUGACAGAAUCAGCUCUCUGAAAGCCGAUGUCUUGAAGACACUCCAGGAUGUCAUCAACACCGUUAGCAAAUACGCCGGUGGUGCUCUGCCUGAAAAUGCUAGGGCCUUGGUUCGGCGCCAUCUUACCAGCCUGCCCCAGCGAUUUGCACUCGCAAACAUGCUUGUUCAGCAGCAGGCCUCUCGUGAGGAUCAGUCUGUUGAGGAAGGCAGCGUCGGCAGAGACAAGGAGAUGCGGGACAGCGCGCAGACAGUCCUCCUCAUGGCCAAAGAAGGUCUUGACAUGAUGUCGCAAGUAUCUGGAGUUCUCGACGGCACCAUUGUGAGCGCCGAGGAAUGGUGCGAGAGACUCGGCAAGAGGAAGCAAGAGCAAAAGGAAGCCAUCUACCAUGAGGGACCAAGCCACGCCCAGUAUCCUUUGGAGUCCGUCAAGAUGGGCUGA